AUGGGCAAGCCCUUCUUCACCAUGGAGGAUGCCAAGGCCUCCUUCUGCUGCGUCUACGGCAUUGACACUCUCGGAAUGCCCGGAAACUUUUCCCGUGCCGGCCCUGCGCUGGCGAUCGUCGCCAUGACCUUUAUGGCCUUCGCCAACAUCUACGGCGCAACGUACGGUGAUCUGGGCGAGUGGGUCAUGGGCAAAUGGGGGCGCUACCUCACCGUCACAGCUCAAAUGGGCAACUGCCUGAUCGUGCCGUGCGUCUUCCUGGUGCUCGGCGGGACGCUGCUGGACGGCCUCUUCCCUGGCGCCUUCAGCACAACGAUGUGGUCCGUUCUCAUGGCGUUGCUGGUGUUGCCAGUGUGCCUCGUGCCAACCCUCAAGGAAGGCGCGGGUGUUGCGUUCGCAGGCUGCAUGGGGACGCUCGUCGCGGACAUCAUCGGUAUCGCAGUUGUCAUGUACGGCAUGUGUGGUCAUCCCACAGCUCCUAGUCCUGACCUCAACUUCAAACAAGUCGCCGGCGCAUUCGGCAACCUGGCGCUUGCAUACGGCGCUGGCAUCGUCAUCCCAGCUCUCCAACGCCAACACAGCGACCCCGCUCGAAUGCCACGUGUCGUGUUCGUGACGAUGGCUUUUAUCACGUGCUGCUUCCUGGUGCUGGCCAGCACGGCGUACUCGUCCGUUGGUUGCCAGAUCACUGGUAAUCUGCUUUGGUCGAUUUACCCGCAGUCGGAUACCGGCCUUACCACACUGGGCUUCGCUUCGAACUGGGGUGCCGUCGUUCUGGCGUACCUGUGCAUGCAGGUGCACAUUACGAUCGCCUUCUCCGUCAUCGUGAAUCCAGCGUUCUACACUACCGAGCGUCUCUUUCUGGGGAUGCAUACCCGAACGCCCGAGGAUGUGGAGAACAAUCUGCCAAGCUACGCUGAGGCGACGACACCGAACGAAGCUGCAGAUCACAUGGACAGAUCCCGCCUCUCGAAGCGCUCCUUUAUUUACAUGGCUGACAACGAGAACGCCCACCUUGGAGAACCCGAGGCCGAAGCUGCCGAAUACCGCGGCGCGAACGCUAUCAAGUACGUUCUUCUACGAGUCGCGAUCGUCGCGAUCCUAGUGGUUGCGUCGGUGAUCCUCAAAGGCCAUCUCUCAGAUUUGUCCAACUUCGUCGGGGCGUCGUGCAUCACAAUGCACUCCAUCAUUCUGCCCAGCAAUGGCAGGUGA